UCACGUGGCAGCGAUAGUGACUGCAGCGGGCGCGUCCCGGGACUAUAUAAAAGAGCUGGCAUCCCUUCUCUAUCUACACGGAGAAAUUCAGGCUUCUCAGGUGUACUUGUAUUUCCAUCAAAAUGCGGGCUCUGGCAGUGAUCCUUGCUCUGGCAGUAAUUACUGGCUGCCAUGCUCGUGUCCUGUUUCAGGAUGAUGCCACCCAGCCCAGAUGGGAGGAGAUGGUGGACAACUUCUGGCAGUAUGUGGCGGAACUCAACUCACACGCUGAUGGUGUGGUGCAGAACAUCAAGAGCUCCCAGCUUAGCAGAGAGCUCGACACCCUGAUUAGUGACACCAUGGCUGAGCUGAGCUCCUACAGUGACAAUCUUCAAACCCAGUUAGCUCCAUAUGCCUCUGAUGCUACUGGUCAGCUGAGCAAGGAUCUCCAGCUCUUGGCUAGCAAACUGGAGACUGACAUGACCAAUGCCAAGGAGCGCUCCACUCAGUACCUGCAAGAGCUGAAAACCAUGAUGGAGCAGAACGCUGAUGAUGUGAAGAACCGUGUAAACACCUACACUCGCAAACUGAAGAAGCGCUUGAAUAAGGACACAGAGGAGAUCCGCAACACCGUGGCUACCUACUUGGAAGAGCUGCAGUCUCGUGCUUCCCAGAAUGCUGAUGCCGUGAAGGAUCGCCUUGAGCCCUACCUGAGCCAGGUCCAAGAGGGCGCCAACCAAAAAUUGGGUACCAUUAAUGAUUUGGUGAAGACCCAGGCCCAGGAGUUAAGCGAGCAGCUGGAAGUUCAGGCUGGAGCACUGAAAGAGAAGCUGGAGCAGACCGCUGAGUCCCUACGUACCUCACUGGAGGGACGCAUGGAGGAGCUGACAAGCCUCCUCAACCCAUACUCUGAGAAGAUCCGUGAGCAGCUGCAGGUCGUCAUGGACAAGAUCAAAGAGGCCACAGCAGCUCUUCCCAGUCAAGCUUAGGAACUCUGUACACUGUACAGUUAGAACAAUCUUCUGUUAACACCAAACAUAAAAAAGUAGCAAAGAUAGAAUGGAAGAUCUCGUUACUGAAAUGUGAUUUUUUCAUUUAAUGGGAGGUUGAUGAGUGUUAAGAGCUGGACCUGAAUUGGCUAGUGCUGUCCAUUAUUGGACAAAAUAAUAACUGUGUACUCACCAUGUUUAUUUUCUCAGUAUUAACCUACUGUCUGAGGAUAUCCUUUUAAUAAAUGUCUUGGAAGUUAUUAAAGAGGUAAUUUUUCCUAGUUAGUAGGGUCAACCUGACAUUAUUCAAAAUAACAGUAAAGCAUAAAAAAAGUGCCUUUAACUGCUGAACUAUCAAAAUCUAUAAAGAGAUGAGCUUUGUUAGCCACAACUCAAAUAAAUGCUUGUUUACUUUUGUGUGUGAACUGUUUGAAUGUGUUUGCAAUAAAUCUGUGUCCAACUACACAA